AAAAAUAGCACGUGGCAUAAUGCCUUACUCAGCUUUCUAUAAUCGCACUUCUAUGAGAAACACGAUUGGACUGGGCUCCCAAACUUUAAAAAAGCCGACAAGCCGACGAGGCAUCGAUGUAAUUUCAUCGAAGCAUAGCACAUUCGUCUCUCCCUUGACUCUUCAAUUCUCGUUUGGUGGGCAACCCUUCUCUCUCUUUUGAAACAAUAAAAUCCAGAAUAAACCAACCCCGCGUCCCCCAACUUAAUUUUUCUAGAACUUUUUGCCCAAUUCAGAUUUGUUUCUUCUUUAUUUUCUUACAUUUGUUUUUAAGUGAAUUUAUUAAAUUUGAUCUGAUAAAGAUCUUGUGAAAAUAAAUAAAAUCGGGAAGAAUGUUUAACGGAAUGAUGGAUCCUGAGUUGUUUAGAAUCGCUCAGGAACAGAUGAGUCGUAUGUCACCUGCUGAGCUAGCCAGGAUCCAACAACAGAUGAUGUCUAAUCCUGAUUUGAUGAGAAUGGCCUCAGAGAGCAUGAAGAACAUGAGGCCGGAAGACUUGAGACAUGCUGCAGAACAGUUAAAGCACACACGUCCCGAGGAGAUGGCAGAUAUUGGUGAGAAAAUGGCUAAUGCAUCACCUGAAGAGAUAGCUGCAUUGCGUGCCCGUGCUGAUGCUCAGAUCACUUAUGAAUUAAGUGCUGCUCAGAUGUUGAAGGAUCAAGGGAAUGAGCUUCAUAAGCAGGGGAAGUUCGAUGAUGCCUCUGAGAAAUAUUUGCUUGCAAAGAAAAACCUGAAAGCAAUUCCAUCCUCUAAAGGAAGAACGCUUUUACUGGCAUGCUCUCUUAAUCUCAUGUCCUGUUACUUGAAAACAAAGCAAUAUGAUGAGUGUGUAAAAGAAGGCUCAGAGGUUUUGUCAUUUGAUGCAAAGAAUGUCAAAGCUCUUUACCGAAGAGGUCAAGCAUAUAAAGAACUAGGCCAAUUAGAAGAUGCUGUCUUGGACUUGAGCAAAGCACAUGAAGUUUCCCCUGAUGAUGAAACGGUUGCAGAUGUCUUGAGGGAUGCUAAGGAAAGAUUGGUUAGAGAGGGCAGCCAUCAAGCACCUCGAGGAGUGGUAAUUGAAGAAAUAACUGAAGAAGCUGCAAGCACUUCUGCUAUUCUUCAAAGUUCAUCUAAUGAAUACUCAGUGAAACAGCCACAACAAAGUACAGGAUUCUCUAAGAGUGAGGGCAGGAAAAAUGCUGGGGACGUGACAACCAAUUCUGAGUGUCUGCAGGCUCUAAAGGAUGAUCCAGAAGCACUCAGAUCAUUUCAGAAUUUCAUUUCUAAUGCCGAUCCUGACACCCUUGCUGCUAUGAGUGGCGGUAAAAAUGGAGAGGUGUCACCAGACAUGAUUGAGACUGCUUCAAAUAUGAUCAGCAAGAUGUCACCUGAAGAGCUACAAAAAAUGGUUCAAUUGGCUUCUUCAUUUCAGGGGGAAAACCCAUAUACGGGUCCUUUGAAAAAUGGAUUUGGACCUGGAUCUGUUCCUCCAAAUGUGACACCUGUCAUGCUUAAAACUGCAAGUGAUAUGAUGAGCAAGAUGCCUCCAGAAGAGCUUCAAAAAAUGUUUGAAAUGGCAGCUUCUUUGAAAGGGAAAGACUCUAUUCCUACAGCUACAGCUGCAAACAGUAGCAGACUAAGUUCAGAUGCGGAGGUAACACAUCCAGAAUCUCAGACAGCAUCUGUCACCAAUGGGAAUAAUGGUUUUCGUGAAACCAGUCCUAGCCAUUUUCCAACGAGUGCCCAGUCAAGUUUUCCAACGUCAACUGCUGAUCUGCAAGAACAGAUGAGAAACCAAAUGAAAGAUCCAGCUAUGCGGCAGAUGUUCGCAUCAAUGAUGAAAAACAUGAGCCCAGACAUGAUGGCAAACAUGAGUGAACAAUUUGGGUUGAAGCUUUCUCGGGAAGAUGCUGCAAAAGCUCAACAAGCUAUGUCAUCUCUAUCACCAGAGGACUUGGAUAGAAUGAUGCGCUGGGUAGACAGGAUCCAGAAAGGAGCAGAAGGUGCAAAGAAGGCAAAGAACUGGUUGCUUGGAAAACCUGGUAUGAUUCUGGCAAUAUGCAUGCUCAUCUUAGCAGUAAUUCUUCAUCGGUUGGGCUUCAUUGGUAGUUAGAAUGGAAACAAAUCUCCAUUUUGAAUGUAACAUACGCCGGGAAUUCAACUUCUAAUCAAGGUAGUGUUGGAAACUAACAUGCCUCUUGGGUGCCAAUAUGGUAAGAAGAAUUUCAAGCAACAUGUUCUCUCCAUUUUGAUGGUGUUCUUGUGUUCAGUGGAUGAACUGGUGGUCAGGCUAAGUGGAUCUAUCAAGUGUAAUAAGUAAUGAUAUUUUUAAUUACUAUGAUUGUUGCAGUUUAUUUGAAAAAUAUAUUUAUUAAAGUAGAUAAAAUGACAUAAUU